UUGGCGCCAUCGAUGUUCAACAGGGCAACUCUACACAAUAUCGGCUUCCUGGAGUCGCGGAAAGUCGCCCACUUCGACUGCUACAUCUUCCACGACGUGGACCUGGUCCCUCUGGAUGACCGAAUCCUCUACAGGUGUGGCGACAACCCCCGGCAUUUCCCCGUCUCCAUCAAACGACACGGACAGCGCGACGCCAAAAAGAUGUACGACGACUACUUCGGAGGUGUGGUGGCGCUGACCACAAGACAGUACACUGACGUCAACGGAAACUCUAAUCUCUAUUUCGGCUGGGGUGGCGAAGAUGACGAUCUUCUACUUCG